CUCUGUAGAAAGGCUUGCUGGAGCUGCUGACAGCUGAAAAGGGGGGAGUCCUAGUAGCUUUAUUCAGCUCUCAAGCAUCAGGGCUUUUUUUUUUUUUUUUUUGCUUCAGUAUUGAGAAAAAGAAAGCUAAAAACAAAAACAAAAAACAGCAACAAUAGAAAGGAUCUCACCAUGAGUAACAAAUGCGAUGUGGUCGUCAUUGGAGGAGGCUUAUCAGGUCUUUCCGCUGCAAAAUUGCUGGUAGAGUCAGGACUCAGUGUAGUAGUGCUAGAGGCAAGAAACAGAGUUGGAGGAAGAACCUUCACGGUCCAGAAUGAAAAGGUGAAAUAUGUAGACCUUGGUGGUGCAUACGUAGGGCCAACUCAGAAUCGAAUACUUCGAAUUGCUAAGGAAUGUGGAGUGGAAACGUAUAAAGUAAAUGAAGAGCAGCAACUCAUACAUCAUGUUAAGGGUAAAUCAUAUCCUUUCCAAGGUCCAUUCCCUCCUAUGUGGAACCCAAUUGUCUAUUUGGAUUACAACAAUCUGUGGAGAACCAUGGAUGAAAUGGGGAAAGAGAUUCCAAAUGAGGCUCCGUGGGCUGCACCGCAUGCUGAGGAAUGGGACACAAUAACAAUGAAAGAGUUAAUUGAUAAGAUUUGCUGGACUAAUGCAGCAAAGAGGUUUGCUGCUCUUUUUGUGAAUGUGAAUGUAACUGCAGAGCCUCAUGAAGUGUCGGCACUUUGGUUUCUGUGGUAUGUAAAGCAGUGCGGAGGCACCACAAGAAUAUUUUCCACGUCUAAUGGUGGGCAGGAGAGAAAAUUUGUUGGUGGAUCUGGGCAGAUAAGUGAAAAGCUUGCAGAAUCCCUACAAGGUCGAGUCAAGUUGCAAAGGCCGGUAGUACAGAUUAACCAGUCGGAAAAAAAUAUUACAGUGGAGACACUAAAUCAUGAAGUUUAUGAGGCCAAAUAUGUUAUCAGUGCCAUUCCACCAACUCUUUGCCUGAAGAUCCAUUUUAGCCCUGAAUUACCACCAAUGAGAAACCAGCUCAUCAAUCGAGUUCCUAUGGGUUCUGUAAUCAAGUGUAUGGUCUAUUAUAAAGAAGCUUUCUGGAGGAAGAAAGAUUAUUGUGGAAGUAUGAUUAUUGAGGAUGACAAUGCAGCAAUUGGACUUACUCUUGAUGAUACCAAACCAGAUGGCACAGUGCCUGCCAUAAUGGGAUUUAUUCUUGCCAAUAAAUCCAGGAGACUGGCCCACCUCACAAAAGAUGAAAGGAAGGUCAAAAUCUGUGAACUGUACGCAAAAGUAUUAGGAUCAGAAGAAGCUCUGCAUCCUGUGCAUUAUGAAGAAAAGAAUUGGUGUGAAGAACAGUAUUCCGGAGGCUGUUAUACAGCAUACUUCCCACCAGGAAUCCUGACUCAGUAUGGCAGAGUUCUUCGGCAACCUUUUGGCCGGAUCUUCUUUGCUGGAACAGAGACUGCAACAGAAUGGAGUGGAUAUCUUGAAGGAGCCAUUCAAGCAGGGGAGAGAGCCGGGAGAGAGAUAUUGCACAAAAUGGGCAAAAUACGAGAGAGUGAUAUCUGGGUGCCAGAGCCACCAUCGUUGGAUGUCCUUUGCCUGCCUAUUACCGCUACCUUUUGGGAAAGAAACUUACCAUCUAUUCAGGGUUUGGUGCGAUUUAUCGGAUGUUCAGUAUUACUAACUUCAACAGCGGCAAUUGGUCUAUUUGCUUUUAAAAAGGGACUGCUCACUCGUUAAUGGAAAGAGCUUCCUGUCUCACACACAGGUCUAGGAUUAAUCAUCAGCUGCGCAAAAUAUUUCCAAAUAAAAAUUAUCUGUAUGUUUGUGGAGUAUUCCUGGAUGUAUAAAUAAACUU